CAUAAGAUCUCAUCACUCAUCGCGGUCGCUAUCGUAUCGCUAGUUGUCAAAGUUGACGUUUUCGUAAAUAUGGGUCGAGUGAGGAUGUGUCGGAAGUUUGCUGAAACAAUGAAAAUAUUAUUUUUAAAAUAGUAAUAGACGAUAUAAAACAUUCAGCAACAUAUCAAUCAGUAUUUUUGUAUUUGUUAGAAAUAUUUUGUGAUUGUUUGGUAAAAGUGUUUAGUAAUAAUGUCGUCGGGAAUAGCGGUAUGGUGUAUGGGGCUGGUGUGCGUGGGGGUGAUGUGGCUCGUCUCCCACGUGUACCACCUGCUCAUCGAUGUCUACGAGCAGUCCGCCGCACUCAGCGAUAUCGAGUAUUCAUGGUUCUUCAAGCUGCUGCUGAACCUGGUGGGAUACUCCACCGUGCUGCUGCCCAUGUUCAUUAUGUAUAAAUAUUUGGAAAAAAUCAACUACUUUGAUAAGAUAAGUAACGCGGGGCGGACGUGGCGCGUGCUGUUCACUUGUUUCGGAGAGCCGGGCGAGCGCCUGCCCGACGCGGCCAAGGUGCGCAAGGACGAGAGUCCGACGCGAGAGGGCGCGCAGCUCGCGUUCUGCUUCAUCGGCCUCAUGUCCUCAUACCUCGUUUGGGGGCUGCUGCAAGAGAAGAUCAUGACACAGGUGUACGUGAUGUCGGACGGCAGUACGCUCCGGUUCAGCGACUCGCAGUUCCUGGUGUUCGUGAACCGGCUGGCGGCGCUGGCGGCGGCGGGCGCGCGCCUGGCCUGCUCCCGCGCCGCGCUGGCGCCCGUGCCGCUCUACAAGUUCUCCUACUGCUCGCUCACCAACGUCGUCAGCGCCUGGUGCCAGUACGAGGCACUCAAGUACGUCAGCUUCCCCACACAGGUGCUAUCGAAGUCCUGCAAGGUGAUCCCCGUGAUGUUGAUGGGCAAGUUGGUGUCGCGCAACAAGUACGAGGUGUACGAGUACGUGACCGCGGUGCUCAUAUCCGUGGGCAUGAUCAUGUUCAUGUUCGGCAGCCAUGACACUAAUAUGGUGUCGAGCGCGAUGACGUGGGGCGGCGCGGCGCUGCUGGGCGUGUACAUGGUGUGCGACGCGUUCACGUCGUCGUGGCAGGGCGCCGUGUUCGCGCGCUACCAGUGCAGCGCGCUGCACAUGCUGUGCGCCGUCAACGCCUUCUCGUGCGCGCUCACCGCCGCCGCGCACGCGCACCACGCGCCGCCGCUGCAGCUGCUGCAGCAUCCCAUGUUCCUGGCCGACUGCAUCGUGCUCUCGCUCAGCUCCGCCAUCGGGCAGCUCCUCAUCUACCACACCAUCGCACGCUUCGGGGCCGUCGUCUUCACCAUCAUUAUGACGCUGCGACAGGCGGUGUCGAUCCUGCUGUCGUGCGUGGUGUACGGGCACCGCGUGUCUGUGGGCGGCGCGCUGGGCGUGUGCGUGGUGCUGGGCGCCGUGCUGCUGCGCCUGUACGCGCGCGCGCGCAUGCGCACCCGCCGCCGCGCCGCGCAUCUAUAGCCACGCACACAACUGUACCAUAAGGGUUAACGUAACACGCCCGCUAGGUGGCGCUAGUGUUCUAAGGUACAGUUUGACCGAUCCCUUCAACUGUCAAACAUUGUACAUCUCGUGGCACACACGAGUAACGAUAUAACAUUGAAAAGGAAGCCUUAGUUCCCACUAGAGCCUCUGGUGGCUGACACACGGUAGCUCUCGUUAUGAUAUUCCUAUAUGACCAGUGCUCGAAUACUUAUCUCAUAACUAGGUAAUUGAUUUAAAAUCCUAUCCAUGGACUAUGGACUGAAAUCCAAAGACUUACUGAUAUUCUUUUUCUAGGAGUUUCUUUUCUCCGGAAACCUUAUUUUUAUUUUUACUUCUUUUACUUUUGAAAUAUUUAUUUUAUUUACAACUUGCUUAAAUGUAUUUAUACUAAAGUGAGAGUUUACCAAAGUAUAACAACACCUCACUCCCCAAUUGAUGAAAUAAAUAAUGUUUGAAAUGGUAUCGUUUAUUGAAACAUUUAUUUGCGUUAUAUUAUUACUCAAUAGCUAUUUAUUAAGCUUGUUGUCCACAAAGUGGAAAAUCUUUAACUUCUGCAUUUCUUGAGAAGGACGAAUGAGGAGACUAUCAGAUAUACUGACAUAAUAUUUAUUUAUGUGAAAUGCUUCAACAAUAUAAGUAUACAGUAGUCGUUUCAGUGAGGUCUACAUUACUGUUUAGUGCGUAAGCUGGAAUAUGUAAACUUGGCCACGCUGCCGACAGAUGGCAGUAGUGGACUGUGCAUAAUAAAUGAAUACGUAUUUA